AUGGCCAAUCGGCAACCUCCCGGCCUCGGCGCGCUGCCCGAAGACGCGUCCUACACGCAGCAGACGCCGCUGGCCAGCGAGUACACGUACGCGUCGGAGCAGCUCUCGACGCAGGCCGCGCCCGCCAAGAAGCUGCUGAGCCAGCAGACCAUGGACACGCAGACGGCCAUCAGCGAGCUGACCAAGGCCAAGGAGCACGAGGACCUGGGCAAGAUCACGGUGCACGGAUGGAUGCACAAGCAGGGCAGCCGCAAGUUUAAGGGCCCCGUGGCCAAGAGCUGGCGCAAGCGCUACUUCGCGCUCGAGGGCGCCAAGAUGUACUACUUCCACACGGACGUCGACUGCCGCAAGUACUUCAACUCGCGCAACGGCGAGCUCGUCGUGGGCGCCGUGGACCUGCGCGACGCCUUCAAGCUCGAGCAGAGCGAGCGCCUCGACCUGCCCGCGCGCGGCAUCGUCAUCCACACGCGCCACCGCGCGUGGCUCGUGUGCCCCGAGACGGACCAGGACUUCACCAUGUGGUUCGACGCGCUCGAAUUCACCGUCAUGUCGGCCGGUUCCGGCAACGUCGUCAAGCGCGACCUGCCCAACGUGCGCGUGUACGAGAUGAAGGGCCGCUUCAGCUAUCGCUUCUGGUACGGCAUCUUCGUCAUCACGGCGCUCAUCGAGCUGGCGGGCAUCGUGCUUUGGUUCCCGCUGGGCAUCGAGCCCUGCGACGUCAAGUACAAGACGGACACGUGCGACGAGAUCCAGCUGGUCUAUGCCGACACGCUGCAGUGCGGCGACAAGCCCUUCAACGGCGUGUGGGACCCCCCGCAGUGGUAUCACUGGUCAGCGGGUAUCGAGACUGUGCAGUGCUUCAAGGAGCCCCACAUCGGCGACUGGGUCUCGUACUUCCUCUUCUACCUGGCCGAGUUCAUCAGCAUCUCGCUCGGGUUCCUCUACUACCUCGGCAUGUGGAAGCCCGUGCGUCGUGGCGCGCGCUACCUGCGCGAUUUCGAGCCGCACUUCCCCCCGGAGAAGUGGCCGACGGUGGACAUUCUACUGUGUCACUACGCCGAGCCGGCCGAGGACACGAUCGCGACGCUGGAGAAGAUCAUGAACCUGGACUACCCGCCGCACCUCUUCCACGUCUGGAUCUGCGACGACGGCUACUGCAAGUCCAAGUGGGAGCCCGGCGCCACGGUGCCCAAGGUCAGCGUGAACUACGGCGUCAUCGAGGACGCGGGCGACGUGCGCCACGAGGUCGCGCAGUUCAUGUACGACCGCGUGUGCGAGUCGUACGAGCUCGAGGUGGACGAGUGGCGCAAGGAGCACACGACCGUCAAGAUGCCGACGUCAUCCAACCCGCGCAUCGUGAACCGCGUUGACUGCGCUGUCGGCUCUGUGCGUGACGACUACCACUACCACGGCCUGCCCAAGCUCACGUUCGUGGGCCGCAUCAAGCCGCCUGUGCACCACUCCAAGGCCGGCAACAUCAACAACGUGCUCUACAACGAGGGCGCGUGCGGCCGCUACGCCAUCAUUCUGGACAACGACAUGAAGCCCCACGAGAUGUUCAUCCAGGCCACGCUUCCCUUCUUCUUCGACGUGCCGCAAAACUCCAAGAUCACGCGCUGCUGCGCGCCUGGCUGUGGCGACAUCGGCAAGAUCUGCUGCGCGCUGUGCCAGGCCGCCGGCGUGCCGGAGGCGCAGAUCAUGUACUGCUCCAAGGACUGCUACAACGCGUCGGGCCACGUCAAGUCGAGCGUCCACCGCCGCCAGACGCAGAACACCAUGUCGGAGCGCAUGAUGUGCGCCAGCUGCGGCAGCAAGAUCAACCAGAAGAAGGGGCUGUGCAACAAGUGCAACCGCGCCGUGAGCCAGCGUGGCAGCAACCAGUUCGUCGGCGUGUCGGCGGACGACUACUCGGACCACGUGUCGGUGAACCAGGUCGGCUACGUGCAGACGCCACAGUACUUCGAGGACUGCCUGCAGCUGCGUCUUGGCGACCCGUGCGGUCACCGUAACUCAACAUUCUUCGAUUCGGCGCAGACGGGUAUGGACGGCUACGACUGUGCCUCGUUCGCUGGUACCAACGCUAUCUUCCGUCGUGAGGCUCUGGACUCGGUGUGCGGUAUUCAGUACGGCUCGCUGACUGAGGACGCCUACACGGGCAAGAUGAUGGUGGACAAGGGAUGGAAGGGCUACUACUUCCGUAAGGACCUGGAAGGUGAGGAGGCUGACCGUAUUCGUCUGGCCGAGGGCGCCGUGCCCGAGUCCGUAGCUGCUGCUCUGGCGCAGCGUAAGCGUUGGGCCAAGGGUAACUUCCAGAUCUUCCUGCGCAACAAGAAGAGCCUCGUGGACCCGGAGUGGACCCCGCCGCAGGUGGAGCUGCCGCCCAAGCGCAAGAUCAACAAGUUCAUGCGCUGGGUGUUCUUCAUGAACCUGACGGUAUACCCCAUCGGCUCGUUCCCGGCCAUCUUCUUCUUCUACAUCACGGGCUACUUCCUGUACACGGGCCAGGCUCCGAUCUACACGUCUGGUCUGCGUCUGCUCAUGGCCCUGGUGCCCAAGAUUGUGGCGCAGAGUAUCCUGUCGGCUCUGUCGAACCGUACGGUGGACAACGAUGACGUGCUGCGUAGUCAGCAGACGUGGUUCUCGUACGCCUUCGUGCACGUGAUGGCAGUGUUCGAGACGAUCUACUGGAAAAUCACGGGCAAGGAGGCUGCGUGGGCCAACACGGGCGCGCUGGGCGGCAACAGCAUCAUGGAGCUGCCGAACCUGCUCGUGUUCAUGGCCAUGGUCUUCGGUAUGAUGUGGGACACCGUGCGCUACUUCGCGGGCUACAACAACGCGGCCACGACGCACGGCACGCCGCUGUACUUCGCGUCGCUGUUCCUGGGCGGGUUCCUCGCAAGUCAGCUGGGCCCCAUGGUGCGUAUGAGCGUGCAGACGUACUUCGGCUGGAGCCACAAGAGUAUGACGGACCAGGGCAACAUCGUGGGCAGCUUCUCGCUCGCCUUCGUGCUCGUCAUCCUGUGUAUUUGGGUGUACGUCGAGACGCCCAACCACUCCAUCUUCGGGUAAGUGGUCGCUAGAGGCUAGGGAGGCACGCGGCCUAGUACCGUGUCGCCUCCACUUGAAAUACGUCUAGCUCGCUCGGUUUUGCAUGCAUUCAGGACGUGGUUGUUUGAUAUCAUCCGGCGACGGAGCAGAGCGUGCCUUCAUACUGUAGCGCCGCCCCGAGCCUAACUCUGAAAAAAAAUACAGAUCAUGGAUAGAUCCGCGAUUCAU